CCUUCUUUCUCUUCCUCCCCUUCUUCUUCUUCCUCCUACUCCUAUCCACUCGAUUCUCGAUUGAACACGACCUUCGUUUUCUACUUAUUUAAAAGGGACAGCAGCAAAGGCUCAUAACGAGACAGUUGUAACACUCACUAUUAACCAAAGCAGCAGCAUCAAAUAUACGACAAAGCACAACACGACGCCAUCAAUGAAAGCGCGAGUCCAUGUCGAUUAUCUCUCGCACGAUUGGGAGGCCAGCGAUGCAAUCUGUGCGCAUACGCAAAUACACAAACAGAUACGUGCGAUGAGCAGCAAGCUGGGCAAUGAUCCCGAUAACAAGUCGCUACGUCUAGAGCACCAGCGGCUGAGCCGAUACCAAAAUGCGUUAUGGCGGCAAAUGGCCAGAAUCUGCACAUCCCGUUUAGGCAAGCACAAUCAUUUGGUGCACCCUUCCACAGUCAACUGGCAGAAGGAAUCUGAUAUCACAUGGCUCUAUGGUCCACUCUAUGCUGAUGAGCACGACCAAGCUGAGAUGGUGACCACGACUAGCACUCCUACCAGCACAGCUGCAACUGAUGUCUCGCUUCAUCAUCAAACAGAACAACAGCAGCACGACCAUCUUCACGAUGGCCUUAAACCUGUUUUGAAAUCAUCCAUCUAUGUACGCCGACGACGAGAACAAGAUAGUAUCUGCAGCAGCAGCAGCAGCAGCGCUACCGCCGACGAACGGAUACCUUCAUUUUCAUCCAUUGCAUCCACAUCAUCUUCUGUGUCCAUCCCGCCACCUGCCACGCCCACGCAUAGCAACUUUGUCCGGUUCAGUCCCGAAUCUACAAAAAUCCAGUAUUUCAUUCCCGAAUCACCCGUACGAGAGUUCCUUGGCGGCGAUGAAGGUUGGAAUCCUUAUUGGUCAUACGAAGACGAUGAGGACGACGACCAAGAGGACGACGACCUAUGGGAACUCAUGCACCGUUAA